AAUAUUGUAUGGUCUCAAAGUUGAAUUUACAUCAUCUUAUGGAAAUUGUAAAGUUACAGCUACAAGUUUUUGAAAUGAAUACUCAUGAUAUGGUGUCUGAUCUUCAUCUAAUACUCAUAAUAAUACUGUCCACACCUUGUCUAUUUUUGUUUCACAGGCAGAUGUGGAAGUAUUCAUUCCAGAAUUGGUGGAAAACUAUGUUGACAAUCAGAGCAAAGAUGAAUAUAGGUUUCUCUGCCCUCAUGCUGGUCAGUUUAUGUGCAAAUUGACCAAACUUGUGUUUGAGAUGGAUGGGAAAGGGGAAGUGCUGUACAGAAUAGUGUCCUGGGACAGCUGUUCCUUGGAGGGAUUAGGACAACAGCAGCCUGCAGGACCACUGUACAGUAUUGCCUGCCUUGAAGGUUCUAUCCGUCAUCUGCAUCUCCCACAUUGUGAGAUCUGUACAGAUGAGGUUAAUUUAACUGCAGCACAUGUGACUGGUGGUAAUGUGGAGCUCAUUCAGCCACUAAAAGUAACAAAAACGCAUGCCAUCAUAAACAUUCAAGGUCUCUCCCUCUUCGGUCUCUUAAGAGCACUGCUAUCCCACAAAAUUCCCAUCACAGCCCAAGUACUACUGUUCUAUAAAAAAAUAAAUGGAAAGCACAGGAUGAGCAAACUGCAUAUGCACCUUUUGCCAGGGAAUGUACCAGUUGAAGAGGUGCACAAACAGCAUGGGUACAACACAUACAUUGAGACAAGCUCCAGAUGUAAACUGACUCCUGGGAAAAAAUACCGGCCAUGUUGUAAAAAUACUGACCAUGAUUAUGUAUUCCAACCCAAGAUUGAGAAGUUUGAGUGUGACUAUGGCCCUAAUUAUCAUCCUACAUUUGAGAUGCUCUGUAAUAUUGAGGUUGAUAAAGUCACUUUAGGUCUCUUGGAUGAAAAUGACCAGGAAGUCUGGGAGCGUUUGGUCUUUCUUACAGGUACAGAUGCUGUCUCAUCCAAAUCAGAUACAACGGGUGCUGACUUUAUGGAUCAAUACAGAGCAGAGCUCAUUCAGAGAGUUUCUGCAGUAAUGGAGAUAGCAGACUGUCUGAAAAGCAAGAAGAUGAUUAGUGAUGAAAAGUACAAUAGAAUUCAUGCAGAAUCAACAUCACGUGAUCAAAUGAGGCUUCUGUACAGUUCUUUCGAUGCAGGAGGAAGAGUUGUGAAAGCAGAAGCCUAUAAAGUCCUAAAGGAGAAAGAGCCUUACUUAGUGGAGGAUUUGAGUAAGGAUUGAUCCUCGGUUUGUGGGUCCUGCACACAACAGCACAUUUAAUUUUACUUACUGUAUUUGAUAUAUUUUUGUGAUUGGGUUUUUGUGUUGUAAUGAAGUCUUUCCUAGUUUGCUUUUAAGAGUGUUUCUUGUAUGUAGAAUAGCAUUAAAAAAUUUUCUUAGUAUUUUGUGCUCCAGUGAAUUGAUGUUAUGAUGUACCUCAUAUGGACACAUCUCCUACAUUACAUAAUUUAGUAGCAUUAUAUGAAUCUCUACACUGAGAAAAGUUUAUUGAAUUUUAGUUUAAAUAAAACUUCUGUUCCACACAAAUUUAAUGUUAUACAUAAUAAAUUAAUCUUUUACAAUUUAAUUAACUUUUGCUCCAGUUGAAAUAUUUGAUAUGCAUUAACACACUUUUAAAUACAUUUUGCUUCAUUUGUUUAUGUUCAGCUAACAUGAUUUGAUUAUGUAUACGUAUUUUUUACUUUUUUGUUGGUGGUUGUAUCACAUUAAAGGUUGACUAAGAUUUGACAGCUACAUAAAGAAAUUAAAACC